ACUUUACACACGUGACCCUUCAGUGUUGUGAUAAGCUCUCAGGUGACGGGCGCUGGCUGCUCUGCCGUCCAUUAUUUUCCUAAACACUGAAGAAGAAGAAGAAUUUUGAAAAGACAGCCACCCCAUCCUAGUGUGUGUUUGGUCAGUUUGAGCCCAGCGUCACCAUGGACAAGCUCCGCAAGGCUCUCAGCGGUCGGGACAACUCUGAUGACCAGGAUGAGGAGCGGGGAAACAUCAUCACCCAGACAGAGGACACACCACUUCUGCGUGUGAUCGACACCAACAGCCUUAGCUGGAGUACCAGAGUGAAGGGCUUUGCCAUUUGCUUUAUCACUGGGUUUAUAUUCUCCAUUGUGGGCUCAGCACUGCUCUUCCUGCCUAAUGGAUUCACCUUGUUUGCCGUCUUUUACACCUUUGGAAACAUUCUUGCCCUCUCUAGCACGUGCUUCCUCAUGGGGCCUGUCAACCAAUGUAAGAAGAUGUUUGCCAAGACACGCGUCAUUGCCACCAUUGUCAUGAUUGCGGCUCUCAUCAUGACCCUCAUUGCAGCUUUUGUGCUACACAAGAAGGCUCUGGCUUUGCUCAUGGUGCUCAUACAGUUCCUGGCCAUGACCUGGUACUCACUCUCAUACAUUCCUUAUGCAAGAGAUGCAGCUAAGAAGUGCUUUGCUUCCUGUGUGGAGUGACCCUUCCCCAGCCUGGCAAUCAGGGAGAAGUCUUUCCAUAAGCUCCUUUUGUGCCUUCCAUAUGUGAGUUUUAAGUGUUGAUUAACAGCAAAGCUAUUUUCAUAUUUAUUGUUGUAUUUGUAUGUAGUGAUUAUAUUUAAGCGUAGCAGACUAGACUCACUUUUGUAUUCUAAAGAUUGGUGAUGACUGUCUUGCUCCAGCACCAGACUAGUAGCACACGCAAGGGGCCUCUGACCGUGCAUGGGUUGUCUUCCUGCUGUCCAUAAAAUUUUUAAAUGGACUGAAAGUAUGAGUCAUUAAUCAAUCUUAUGCAUCAAUUUGAAUGCAUUUGAUUUUCUUUUGCAUCUGCAAGUAAAUCCCCUCCUGAUGUCACAGAAACCAAAAUAUUAAUACUACAAAAAGUUGCAUUUGUGAAUUUGUUACCAUUUUCUUAUUUUUCAGUAAUAUUGUUAUUUUUUUCCACCUCAUUAUUAAAAUUCUAUUGACAUUAGGGAUCUGAGACCCAGCAUCCAUUAUGAAGCAAAGGGCAUUUGUUGCAUCCUCAUAUGUACCCACCUUUUUGCAUAAAGGACAGUGCUCAUUGCAUUCAGUACCAGUCUUCUCAAACCCUCAUGAAACCAAAGAUAAAAGUCAAAUAGAAAAUUCACUAUAAAGUUAAUUCCUUCCACUCUGAUCUCCAUUUGCUAUGCUCCUUCCUAGAGCACAUAAAGGUACCCAGCUGUGUGGGGGGCAGCUGUUAGUGUGUCAGGGGCCUCCUGAUGGGGUCACAAAGGUGUUAGAAAUGGGAAAGAGUAGAAGGAAAAACAUCAGGUCCUACCUUGAUUAUGAAAUUAUAUUACUUGUGUCUUCCACUUGUAUUUUUUUCAUUUCUUCCACAUUCUUAAUCAGUCUCAUCAAUUGCAAAUAUAUUGUCCUCAGUACCGGUGAGAAAGUCUUCACAUGUAUAGAGCUUGGACAGACUAAUAGCAGAAAUAAAAUUUGUCUCAAGCAAACCAUUUUCAACCAACUUUGCCAAUUGCUCUAUGUGUGCCUGAAGAUAUAUACAUAACAUACAUUUUUAUAUAUUUCUAUGUAGUAUAUUGUUACUAGAAUAAUAUUUGUUAGCAAUUGUUUAUAUACUUUAGAUUUGCCUAUAAGAAAUUUUCUGUACCAGUAACUGCAUCGUCAAUGCUAAAAUCUGCUGCAGUGAAACAAAGCCAAAGUAAGUUUGCUGUUUGAAUUGAGAUUUUCAAAAUGUUGGCAUAUGGCUAUAGUUUGUAGUCCUCAUCAGCUGGUCUUUUAUGUUAACUUUACAUCUAAGGCCUUCCCCACUCAUAAAGGGGUUAGGCUGACAGGCAAAUGUUUUUGCUUAUUAACCCUUAAAGCGCGGGCUUGUUUUGCCGCACCUGUCCUCCCACGCGGGUAUAUUCAGGCAAAAACAUACCUCACUUCAACCUUUCAUACCUUCACUGCUACUUAACUCACGUGACUGAAUGAAGUAUCAUUGUAAAGUACAUACCCUUACCUGUCCUUUGACGUCACGUUGAAGACUAUAUGACCAUUGGUAGAGCGAGUAUGGAAUAUUAAAAUAGGGUCACUGAAAGCACAUUAUUAUAGACAGUUUUCCACCUCUAAUGGACUUUCCUUCUAUGAUUUAGUAAUAAAAAGCAUAACUUCCCGGCCUUCCUGAUGCCCUUGAUGGGUGUUGAGGUCAAAGGGUCCCCAUCUUGUGGAGGAAAUUCCCUGGAAGGUGAGAAGAGGUGGGAUGUCUAGCAGACGUCUUCUCAAAGCUAUCAAAAGGCAUACACUGACCAAUAAUUAGUCAAGGGAGCAUGGUUGGGUAUUGUUUGAAAGAAAACCACAUGCUUACACUACUUCAGCAUAAACAGAUUCAAUUUGAUGGCACGCUAAUUAAAAAAAUGUCUUGUCGACUAUUGUUGACAUCGCGGUUUGAGCCCAGGCACCAGCUGUCGGCUAUUGUCGACACCUGCGCUUUAAGGAAAUGAUCAGCAGUUUCAUAUUUGUCAAAGUGAAAAUUAUGGCACUUUUCAAAUACCAAGGCAGUUAGUGAUUUGCAUCCAGGAGGAAGUGAAGGGAGCCAAAGAAGUAUUGGGUUAAUCUGAAUGGACUUGCAAGCCGUAUUGAAUAUGUAAACUAUGUGGCAGCUGUCAUAUGCUUUGUUUGUUUCCAUGUGAUAGUGAAAUGCAUGACCACAAUCUUAAAAAAAAAUCAUAUUCUUAACAGUAUUUGAAGGUACUCUGAAAUUGUAAACAGCCAAGUUAUUCUGUCUCUUCACAAAAUAUUUUGAGGACGAGGAUAUUAUCUGGGAUCAAAUAGUAGUUCAUUACCCUUACUGAAUGGCCAUGCUACUUUGGGUGUAUAUAGAAUCUUGAUGAUUGAUUAUGACAAUGAUACUUUUCUUGGUCACGCAAGAAUAUCAACUCCCGUUAUAUUAUUUUUUGGGGUAGCUGUGAAUGCAGGCCUGUAAAUGGCAUGGAACUGACAGAGUAAGGUUUUGCAGCUACUGAAGAUCCAAGCUGCUCCACAGCUCUCAAUGCAGUCUCCAGCUUCUGGACCAGAUGGAGUGCUUCUUUUUGUCCUUAAAACACUGCCAGGUCAAAGUCAUUUGUCUCUGCCUUUCAACAUCCAUCUUUCCUUUCCACUGGAAGUACGCUUACAUACAGCCUGUGCCUAAGAGGGGCGACCCCUGUAAUCCUUCAGACUGCCGCCCUUUCCAAAGCUUUUGAAAAUUCCUUAACAAGGUUCUUAAGCGUCUGUCAACUUCUAACCUCUCUGAUUACCAGUGCGGAUUUCAUAAGAGACAUUUUACUGGUAAUCUUGCUUUCCUCUGGUCAUCCUCUCUAGCUGCUUCUGUGAAACUUUUGCUGUUGCCUUAGACAUCUCUAUACUUCUAUCUUCAGUUUCCUUUCAGGCCAGUCCAUCUCUGCUGUAGUAGACUGUCACUGUUCUAUCCCUAAGUAGAGCUGGAAUUUGGUGGAUAAAAACUGAAUUACAUUAAACUUUUAUUACAUAACACAUAUCUGUACAAAAUGAUUUUAGUAGUAAAUAUACUUUAUUCAAUGACAGAAGGCAAAUGCUGGUUGCAUAUCUGUUGAUACAGCCCUCAGCAUCAUGUUCGGGGCUACAGUCAAGGGACAAGCUGAAGAACAUUUAUCUGAGGGUGAUGUACCUAACAGUUUGCAGCUUGGCAUGUUGGUCAUGUAAUGCUAAAACAAUGUUACAAAUCAACUAGUCAAAUUAAUACAGAUUUGAGAUUUUUUUCCUAUAGAAAUAAAUGAAAGGCUUUGAUUCAGUGAAUGACCAAUCAUAUAGGUCGCAAUCAUUUAUAAAUUAUAUAAAUUACGUGUUGACCCAAUCGAGUUUCUAGCACUAAUACUACAAAAGAAAGCACGUAAAUAACUUGUAGACAUGUUACUAACAUACCUAUACACACAAUCUGUAUUAAAGUGACCCCUACAAUACUUACAGUAGCUUCCCUCAUUAGUGCUCAUUCCCAUACAGCAUCCAUCCAUGCACAGAAUAGUAAUCCAAACAACCCAUAACAUACAGUGAUGCACAGUCACACACCACACCAAAUAUGCCUAAAGGAACAUACAUACAAGAAGGAAACUCAGCGGAAAGUGUAAAUGCAUCAGUGAUUUGGAAAGAUAUAACCUAUCAUGUAUUAAUCAAAUAAAUAUUUCAUUACAUUA